UAGAAUUUCCAAACGAAGACACACUCUAUUUAACUUCAUCUUACCUAUCUUGACAGCCUCAAAUUAACCCACAAAAUUUCACACUCCAUAAAUCACAAACUUUAGUUAACAGUGCCAAAACACAACACCACAACCAAAUGGCUGUAACCACCACCCCCAAAGUAGCAGCAAUCGUCACUCUGGUUCUCGCAAUAGCAUGUUAUGGCACAUCUGCGCCAACUCUGGCACCGGAAACCGCUGCGGCUCCGUCUCCGGGGGGCAGUGAUUGCUUCAUGGUAAUAGCAAACGCGUCUGAUUGUCUAACCUUUGUGGAAGAUGGGAGUAAUUUGACCAAACCUGACAAAGGGUGUUGCCCUGAGUUUGCAGGGUUGCUUGAAGGCAACCCUAUUUGCCUCUGUGAGUUGCUUGGCAAACCUGAUUCUAUUGGCAUCAAGAUCGACAUGAAACAAGCUCUCAAGCUCCCUUCUGUUUGUGGCUUGAAAACUCCCCCUGUUAGCACCUGUGCACUUGCGGGAAUCCCUGUGUCCAUGCCUCCUUCAAUGAGUGAUGGUUCCAUGUCACCAAGUAUUGCACCAGGAGCUGCUGCCACCAGUCCUUCAAGUAGAGCUUCUAGUCCUGAUGGUCGAGGUUCUUCUUCAGACGAAGCUGCUGCUAACCCUUCUCAAAACAAAAACGAAGCUUCGGGCAUUCAAGCCUCUACUUUGGCUUUAGUUUUUGGCUUCUCCACCGUUUUUGUUUCUAUUUUCUUUUGAUUAAUUUAAUUUACACACAUUUCUUUGUGCCAUUAUUUUCAUACAUCUUUUAUUUCCUCAUUAUUUGUAUGUUUGUAAGUUGCUUUGACAACGCCUUUUGUUGUAAUUUUAUGCUCUGGUACUAUUAUUAUUGUCAUUUGACAUACUUUAACUAGGAUCUUCUUGUCACUAUUGUCUCG